AUGGAUCGGGAGAGCGGGAGGCAGGAGAAUCCCGAGUUUUUGGGGCAGAGAUUCCGGGAAUUUCGCUACGAGGAGGCCGCAGGCCCUCGCCAGGCCCUGGGGCAUCUUUGGGAGCUGUGCCGUCGAUGGCUGACACCUGAGAAACGCACCAAGGAGCAGAUCCUCGACCUCCUGGUCCUGGACCAGUUCCUCAGCAUCCUGCCCUCCGACACCGGGGCCCGGGUGCGAAUCCGGCGGCCCCAGAGCGGGGAGGAGGCCGUGGAGAUGGUGGAGGGCCUGCAGAGGGAGAUGGAAGGAGCGGCAGAGAGGGCGAUGCCCCACGUGACGUUCACCCAGCAGGAGUGGGAACAACUCGAUCCUGCCGAAUAUGACCUCUACUGGGACAUGAUGCUGAAGAAUUACGGGAACGUAGUCUCCCUGGAUGAUCAGAUUAGCAUCCAGCUGGAAGUCCCCGCUCCCCCGAGGGACGUUUCCAACCUGGAGGAAGGCGGCGGGAGCCUUCUGGAUCGCGAUCCGGAGCGGGAUCGGAAAUCUGCCCGGGAUAACCAAGGGCGGAGCAGUCCUUCUAAAAGCGACGACGGCCUUCUGGAUCACGAUUCGGAGCGGGAUCGGAAAUCUGCCCGGGAUAACCGAGGGUGGAGCGGGCCUUCUAAAAGCGACGACGGCCUUCUGGAUCACGAUUCGGAGCGGGAUCGGAAAUCUGCCCGGAAUAACCGAGGGUGGAACGGUCCUUCUAAAGGCGACGAUGGCCUUCUUUGUCAUGAUUCGGAGCGGGGCGGGAAAUCUGCCCGGGAUAACCGAGGGCGGAGCGGUCCUUCUAAAAGCGACGACGGCCUUCUGGAUCACGAUUCGGAGCGGGAUCGGAAAUCUGCCCGGGAUAACCGAGGGCGGAGCGGUCCUUCCAAAAGCGACGACGGCCUUCUGGAUCGCGAUCCGGAGCGGGAUCGGAAAUCUGCCCGGGAUAACCGAGGGCGGAGCGGUCCUUCUAAAGGCGACGACGGCCUUCUUUGUCAUGAUUUGGAGUGGGGCGGGAAAUCUGCCCGGGAUAACCGAGGGUGGAACGGUCCUUCUAAAGGCGACGACGGCCUUCUUUGUCAUGAUUCGGAGCGGGGCGGGAAAUCUGCCCGGGAUAACCGAGGGCGGAGCGGUCCUUCUAAAAGCGACGAUGGCCUUCUGGAUCGCGACUCGGAGCAGGGUGGGAAAUCUGCCCGGGAUAACCAAGGGCGGAGCGGUCCUUCUAAAAGCGACGACAGCCUUCUGGAUCGCGAUUCGGAGCGGGGCGGGAAAUCUGCCCGGGAUAACCGAGGGCGGAGCGGUCCUCCUAAAGGAAAUCCAAGGAAGCCCCGCGCCGCCGAGCGGAAAAGUCCUCCCCUCUCUAGAAGGAGCCGGCGACUCCACGGGAACGGGGCCCCCUCGAAUCCGGAGCCCGAGCGGAGCCCUCCCCCGGGAAAGAAAGCCUACGAGUGCGGGGAUUGCGGGCAGUCCUUCCCGGAAUUCCGCUUUCUGGCGUACCACAGGAAGGUCCACGCCGAAAGGCGACCCUUCUUGUGCCAGGAUUGCGGGGAGGCUUUCAAACGCAAUUCCCACCUUACCGUGCACCGGAAAACGCACACCGGCCAGAGGCCCUACAAGUGUUGGCGGUGUGAGACUGUCUUCUAUCGCUACGUCCAUCUCACUCAACACCAGCAAAUGUACGACCAUUACUUCUGA